CCCUGCGUGAGGUAGACAGAGGAAGAGAACACCCAAGAGAGCAGCUCUCAUAUAAAACCCACAGGCGGAAGUUCUAAGCAGUCUUUAGCAGACAGCUCUGGCACCGGUGAUCGGCACUGCACGGCACACGUCUUCUCUCAGAGGUUGUGCAAAAUUCUGGAAAAUCUGCUUUUCUGUAAACUUCAGAUAAAAUGAGCAACUACAGUGUAUCUCUGGUUGGCCCAGCUCCCUGGGGCUUCAGACUUCAAGGUGGCAAAGACUUUAACAUGCCUCUCACUAUCUCCAGGCUUAACGAUGGAGGGAAGGCUGCUAAAGCGUAUAUCGGGAUCGGUGAUGUUGUUCUUACCAUUGAUGGCAUAAGAACAGAUGGAAUGACUCAUUUAGAGGCACAAAACAAGAUUAAAGCAUGCACUGGAUCAUUGAGUUUGACUUUGCAAAAGGCUGCAGCUGCUCCAAAGACCAAUCCAAACCCUGCACAAGUUGAAACUCUCAAAGAAAUAAUAAAGCCUGUGCCUAUUGCAACUCCCGCUACACCUGCUGCACCUAAGAUCAACACUUCAGCCAAUAUGACCUACAACAAAGCUCCUAGACCAUUUGGGGCCCCAUCCCCUUCCAAGCCUGCUUCAAUCCCAUCACCAUCCUCAGCCUUUUCCCCAGCCUCUGCAAGCCAAACCUCCUCACAGCUCUCUGCUUUAUCCCUGCUGUCUGCAGUCAACCCACCUCCUCCCAUCACAUCCGGAGUGCAUGCCAAUUAUAAAUCUGCCACAGAUGGCCAGUCACCUGCUUUAAGUGCAACUAAAACUGCAGUUAAUGUCCCACGGCAGCCUGCCAGCUACAAUUCGGCUGUCAACCUGUAUGCUAAUGAGACUGCACAAGAUGGGGCUGAUGUGCAGAGAAGAGGACAAAAGGAAAACCUGGGUGAUGAACCACAAAAUGGGAAGCCUCCACCUAAACGUCCUCCUCGGAAACACAUUGUGGACACAAACACAGAUUUUUACCAUACUCCAAUUUAUAGCGAUGCCAGCAAAAAGCGUCUCAUAGACCAAACUGAAGACUGGCAUCCACGCACCGGUACUUCUCAGUCACGUUCUUUCCGAAUUCUUGCUCAGAUGACUGGCACUGAAAACCUGACGGAACCAGAGCCUGACAAUGUGAAAAAUGAUCCACUGGAAACUACCCCAGUUGCUACCUAUUCUGCUGAACCAGCUAAGAAUAUGCCCAGUUCAUACAAAUCUGGGCCAGCUGCAUACAAACCCAGUGGUUCCUCAAGCAAUACCAAAUCAGCAGGCUUGCAACCAGCAUCUUCUACUGGAAGAAUCACAAAUCCGCCUUCUACAAGAACACCUGCAUCCGAUAACAAACCCUUUGUACCACCUCCUAUGGAUGAUCAAGAUACAUUGUUCCAGAGGGCAGAACAUAUACCUGCCGGGACACGCACCCCAAUGUGUGCUAUCUGCAACCUAGUCAUUAGGGGACCAUUUUUGUUGGCUUUGGGGAAAUCGUGGCAUCCAGAAGAAUUCAAUUGUGCUCACUGCAAGAAAAAUAUGGCGGAGAUUGGCUUUGUUCAGGAGAAAGGUGCUCUCUAUUGUGAAAUUUGUUAUGAGAAGUUCUUUGCACCAGACUGUGCCCGUUGCCAAAGGAAGAUACUUGGUGAAGUUAUCAAUGCAUUGAAGCAAACUUGGCACGUCACAUGCUUUGUUUGUGUGGCCUGCAACAUUCCUAUUCGAAACAGCGUUUUCCAUUUGGAAGAUGGAGACCCUUACUGUGAGAAAGAUUAUUAUACCUUAUUUGGUACGAUGUGUCAUGGAUGUGAGUUCCCUAUUGAAGCUGGAGACAGGUUCCUGGAGGCACUGGGAAACACAUGGCACAACACUUGCUUUGUGUGUUCGGUAUGUUGUGAAAGUUUGGAGGGACAAACUUUUUUUGCAAAGAAAGAUAAACCACUAUGCAAGAAGCAUGCUCAUGCUGUGAAUAUCUGAAGGCUUUUUCAACCCCAUCUUUUCACGGAAUAUAAAUGCUCCAUCA